CGUCUGGAUUGAGAUAUCAUAUAAAAAUUAACGAGCUACAAAAUGAAAUCAGUAGAAGAAAUGAUUUUACUGAAUUAUUCAAACGUGAAUAUUUCAUAGCUGCACGUAAAAUUCAGGUUGCCGAAUAUAAAAUAUAAUUAUUUAUAUAAAUAUAUAUAUGCUAUAAUUUGUAUACUAUUUUUGUAAACAAAUAGGACUCCUAUUUCUUAAAAACUUAUCUAAAAACUUAUUGAAGAAAAUACGCGUUAAAAAAAUAUAAUAUAAUUUUUUCAAUUAUUGGUGAUAUUUUUUCGUAUAAUAGGCUUGGUUUCGUGGCAAUGUAACAAGAAAACAUUUAUUUAUGCUUCAUAAAGAAGCAAUAAUCAUUCAGUCUAAUUGGCGUGGGUACUAUGUAAGAAAUAAUUUUGAUAAAGUUAUAAUAAGCAAAGUACAUCAAAUGUGGGAAGAUUAUUAUAAUUGCAUGGCAACACGAAUCCAAGCAUUGUGGCGAGGUUAUUGGAUUAGGAAAACUUAUUCAAACUUCUAUGAAAGAAUGAGAUGGUUAAAUAACGUAUAUGCAAAAAAUGAAGAGAUUGUAGAAACCAUGCAAAAGUUUGUAAUAAUUUUUUAUAAAUCAUAUCAAUAUUUAAUUUAUAAUUGUAUCCACAGAUUCAAAGAGAAUGAGAUUAAUUAUAUCAGAAAUGUUCUGGAACGGGAAUCAUUACUAUGGAUUUUAUUUAUACUUUUUAAGUUACAUCAUUUGCUGAGAACAAAAGUUAGACCAGGUGUAAUCACACGAAUUGAUCAAACUAAUUUUACUUUAAUUGAGAAGAUGUUAAGAUGUUUAAAAUAUCAAUUUUAUACACCAAAAAAAUUAACCUUUUGUGAUCAUUAUAAAUUAGAAAAGCAAUUUCCAUCGAUUUUCCAUGGUACUUUUCUUGCAAGAUGUGAAAAAGAAAUUAGAAAUUUUGAGUACAAAUUAAAAACUGGAAACAUAUCAAUAUACAGAAGUAUAAUUAUAUUGAAAAGUUAAAACAUUUUACUUAUCAUAUAAAUUCACUUACAAUUAUUUUGCAUAGGUUAUUCUUAUACCAAAGAGGAAAAAUUGAGAAAUAAAUUACAAAAUCUUGGUCAUGAUUUUAUAAAAACAUAUAAUAAUAAACAUACUGUUUCAAUGGAAAGCAUAGAUAUAAACAGCAAAAAAUGUAUAAAGUAAAAAACAGUUUUGUUAUACAUAUAAAAGUAAAUUAUUAUAUUUAUGAAUCUGAUAUAUUUUUAAAUUUAUAAUUAUAACAAGUAUUACUAUUUAAUAAAUAAUCUUAUUUUUUCA